AUGCACAGUCCAAGAACCACAAGUCCCAAAAAGUGGCACAAAAAUGGCAUCAUGAAGCCCCGAUCACAAAGAUAUGAAUCUCUUAAAGGGGUGGUCCCUAAGUUCCUGAGGAACAUGCACUUUGCCAAGAAGCACAGCAAGAAGGGCCUGAAGAAGAUGCAAGCCAACAACGCCAAGGCCAUGAUUGCACAGGCCGAGGCCAUCAAGGCCAUCGUCAAACCCAAGGACGUGAAGCCCACCAUCUCCAAGGCAGUCAGCCACAAGCACGAUCGACUUGCUUACAUCGCCCACCCCAAGCUCGGGAAGCGUGCUCGUGCCCCCAUGGCCAACAGUGUCAGGCUGGCCCGGGCAAAGGCCAAGGCUGAAGUCAAGGGCAAGGCCAAGGCCCAGAUCAAGCCCAAAGCCCCAGCCCAGGCUGCACCCGCAGCAGCCACUCCAGCUCAACCAUCUCCCAAAGGGACAGAAGGCCUGGUGUGA